AUGAGGCCUUGUCUGAAGACAAUUGUACGCAAUGUACACGUUUAUCAGACCAAAAGUCUUACAGGGGAUGCAGUUAAGGCAUCUAGUACACACAACCUCUUGCAGUCGCUAGGCUAUAUCAAACAGACGCAGAGCGGGCUGGUGCAUUGGCUACCACUUGGAUUGCGUACACUAAACAAGAUCACAAACAUAAUAAAGCAUCGAAUGGAAACGGACGGGAAGGCUGAGGAAGUUUCACUGAGUUUACUAUCGCCAAAGUCAUUAUGGGUUCACACUAACCGUUGGGACAAUGGCGAGCUGUUCAAACUAAAGGACUCGAAGGGCUCAGACUACUGUUUGGCCCCUACAUGCGAGGAGGAAAUUACGUCCUUGAUAGGGAGUUACGUUACGAGCUACAAAGACCUGCCGAUGACCGUUUACCAAGUCGGAAGAAAGUAUAGAGACGAAAAAAGACCAAGAGGGGGCUUACUGCGCGGCCGUGAAUUCUUAAUGAAAGAUGCUUAUUCGUUCGACGCCUCGAAGGAAGAGGCUGUUCGCACGUUUGAGUCCAUGAACCACACAUACGAUCUUAUUUUCAAGGACCUGGGCGUCCCCUUUGUGAGCGCAUGGGCGGAUUCUGGGGACAUCGGCGGCGACAUGAGCAAAGAAUACCACUAUACCCAUGAAUCUGGCGAAGACACCGUUAUGGCGUGCGAUUCGUGUGGCCAUAUUUCUAAUGUGGAGAAAUGCAGCUCAUUCCCGGUCGAGGACAACCAGUACAGUGGAGACGUUAGUGUGCGGUAUGCCUUAAGCGAGGACAGAGAUACACUCGUGUGCCUGUACUAUCCUCAGAAUCGGGUCUUAAAUUGGAAUCUGGUCAAGGCAGCCUUGGAUGGGGACGUGGACUCCUCGCUCCGCGACACAAGUAACGAAAAGGUGCUGGAGCUCUUCCGCGCCAACAAGUCCGAAGACGAAAUGAUGCUAGCAAGCGUGCUAAGGGUGAUGGACUGUAGGCUCAAUUCCCGAUCAAACUAUCCGGACUUUCCUUUGAACCAGUAUCUGAAAAGUAACUUCUCGCAGCUCAGCGACGCAUCGAUAGUGGACGCGGAGGCUGGGGAGCUCUGCGGCUCCUGCGAGGAGGGCCAUCUGAGCAGCAAAAGAAGCAUUGAGGUUGGCCACACUUUCUUCCUGGGCCAGAAAUACUCAGAGCCCUUAAACGCGAAAUUCAGCACAAGAGAAAACACAGAGGAGUACUGCGAGAUGGGGUGCUAUGGGAUCGGGGUGAGCCGUCUGGUGGGCGCAAUCGCACAUGUGACGCGCGACGACGCAGGACUCCGAUGGCCGCGCGCUGUGGCGCCCUACGAGAUCUCGAUCUGCGCCGCAAAGCAGGACGAGCUUGUGGCCGAGGUGGAGGGCCUCCUGUCGAGCUGGGGACGCGAGGUCUGGGUCAACCGCGAUGAAAAGGCGGGGCUGGGCCGCAAGAUCGCCGCAAGCCACAGCCUGGGGAUCCCUGUGUGCGUGAUCGUGGGGAAAAAGAGCUGGCCAUGCGUGGAGAUCGAGGUGCGCGCCCCGCUCGUGGGAGAGCGCUGGCGCGCGGAACUUGCACAGCACGGGGAGGCCUGGGGAUGGACCGUGCAGGAGAGCGCGCCGGUGGGCGGUGCGGCGCACCAUCGCGUGCGCAAGGAGCACCUGAAGGACGUGGUGGGCGUGAUAUUGACAGAUAUGUAG